GACGAGAUCAAGAAUCUUCCUCGCUGUUGGUAUCACAUCGUUGACGGCAAUUUGCAUUUAAAUCGGAAGACCGGAGACUGAACCUGCCAACUUCAAUCCGGCAAUAUGGCUGUGGUUAGGGUUUGCAGAGAACAAAUGAGGCUUUAAUGGAAUGGAGGAUUUGAGAAAUUUUGUCUCGUACUAAAGCAGAUUCGAUUGUAGCAGUAUAUCGAGCUGAUCGAGCUGGAAAUGGCGACUCGUGUUGAUCCUCCGGAUGGUAUUAGGUAUGAAGGGAAGCAUUACUAUUCCAUGUGGCAAACAUUGUUUGAGCUCGAUACGAAAUAUGAGCCAAUCAAGCCUAUUGGUAGAGGGGCCUAUGGGAUUGUGUGCUCCUCAGUGAACAUAGAAACCAAUGAGAAAGUUGCAAUUAAGAAGAUUCACAAUCCUUUUGAGAACCGGAUUGAUGCAUUGAGGACUUUGCGAGAAUUGAUGCUUCUGAGACAUCUGCGACAUGACAAUGUGAUUGCUCUUAAAGAUGCCAUGAUGCCUAUUCACAGGACAAGCUUCAAGGAUGUGUAUCUGGUUUAUGAACUCAUGGAUACCGAUCUGCAUCAGAUUAUCAAGUCUCCUCAAGCACUUAGCAAUGAUCACUGCCAAUAUUUCCUCUUCCAGUUGCUUCGAGGCCUGAAGUACCUACACUCAGCAAAUAUCCUCCACCGUGACUUGAAGCCAGGGAAUCUCCUUAUCAAUGGAAACUGUGACCUGAAAAUAUGUGACUUCGGGUUGGCACGCCCUGGCAAUGCUAAGGGCCAAUUCAUGACAGAGUAUGUUGUCACCCGCUGGUACAGGGCUCCUGAGCUUCUUCUUUGCUGUGACAACUACGGAACUUCCAUUGAUGUGUGGUCUGUUGGAUGCAUCUUCGCUGAGCUUCUUGGGCGGAAGCCUCUCUUCCCUGGCACAGAAUGCCUCAACCAACUUAAACUUAUCAUCAACGUCCUUGGCAGCCAGAGGGAGGAGGACCUUGAAUUUAUUGAUAAUCGUAAGGCAAAGACAUACAUCAAAUCCCUCCCAUAUUCCCCUGGGACACCCUUUUCCCAACUUUACCCCAAUGCACAUCCUUUAGCAAUUGACUUGCUGCAAAAGAUGCUUGUUCUUGACCCUUCAAAAAGGAUUAGUGUCACAGAAGCACUCCAACACCCUUACAUGGCUCCCUUGUAUGAUCCGAGCUGCAAUCCUCCAGCAGAAAUGCCAAUUGAUCUCGACAUAGAUGAGGAUUUAGGGGAAGAGAUGAUAAGGGAGUUGAUCUGGAAGGAAAUCCUACACCACCACCCCGACAAAGCUGCAACUGCCAAUACUGAGGCAUUCUAAUAUUUUCCUUUCCUGUUUCUACUGAUGAGCCCUGCAUGGUUGUUUUACUUUUGACAAGCAGGCUUCUUUGCUGUGGAGCUAGCUUUCUAUUUAUGUUCUAUUUACCCUUUCCCCUUUCGAGUCUCAAUAAUCUUGAAGAAAACAUGACUGUUGUAAUGCAUAACACUCAGUUUUGUAUCAAGACUUUUUUUACAAACCUGGUGUUCUGUAAUGUAAAUCCCACCAAACAUUUUGUAUAUAUAUAAGGUUUCUGUAGUGUGUGACUGAGAACUUGUUU